AUUUGCCCCCCAAAUCUGGUUUUUGGCAAAUACGCAACACAUCGCCGCCGCUUUCUCCCGCAAGCUCUCAGAAUGCCCCAGCAAGACGCGCAGAACGGAAGCCAUGAAGUCAAAGAGCCGAGUCCCAAGAUCGCCAAGCUUCACGAGAAUGGCGACGUUUCUGGAAACGCCACCCCAUUUUUCCGGGUGAAGAAGCUCGCUGAAAAGGCGGUUUUGCCGGCCAGAGGUUCCCCACUCUCUGCAGGCUAUGAUCUCUCAAGCGCGACGGAGACGAAAGUUCCGGCCAGAGGAAAAGCCCUGGUCCCAACCGAUCUGAGCAUUGCCGUCCCUGAAGGAACCUAUGCCCGAAUUGCGCCACGAUCGGGGCUGGCAUGGAAGCACUCGAUCGACGUCGGAGCUGGUGUCAUCGAUGCAGAUUACAGAGGUCCGGUUGGGGUGGUGCUGUUCAACUUUUCUGAUGUUGAUUUUGAGAUCAAGGAGGGUGACAGGAUUGCACAGCUGAUCAUUGAGAAGAUCAUCACCCCUGAUGUUGUCGAGGUUGAGGAUUUGGAUUCCACGUUCAGAGGUGCCGGAGGGUUUGGGUCUACCGGAGUUUAGAACCCUCCCCCUUCCCCUAGCCACUCUACUGGUGGGAUCUGGGACUUUGGGAACAAUGUAGUUAGGUAGUUUUAUUGAAGUUGUUGGUGACCGGUCUACUCCCACAAAUAUUUUCAGUCAAUGAAUUGAGUAACUGGUUUUAUUUUGUC